AUGAAUUAUUCAGAUCUUUUAGAAUCAUCUAUAAAUUCAAGUACUAAGAGAAUUAUGUUAAUGAUAAAUAAUCUAAUUUUAUCAAGUAAUAAAGAUUAUAGAAAUAAAUCAAUAAAUAUAAAAGAAGGUAUUAUUGAAACAAAUAACUUAAUUAAUAAUAAUACAGAAUCACAUCUAGAUGUAUGUCUAAUACAAUUACUUAAUAAAAGAGCAACCAAAUUAGAAUUAAAUAUAUUGGAAUCUAUUAAAUCUCUUCAACGAUAUAUAAAUCAACUAAAGAUUAUAAGAAAAAGAAUAAAGGAACUAAGUAAUAACAAUUUAGAUAAUAAAAAUAUAAACUCAAUAUCAAAAUCAAUAAGUAAAAAUGAGAAUAUAACACAAAAAAAUACAAUAACUCAAACAGGUAUAAAUAAUUUAUUAUAUAAGGAAAUAAUAAAUUUACAAACUGAACCAAUAAAAUUUUAUGAAUGGAUACUUAUACCAGAAUUUAAUUAA